GUUUCCAGUGGAGUUUAGAAGUGAUUGCAGUUGCAGUGUGCAUAUCUGUAGAAGUCAAGCACCCUCACACUGGGAAGAGCCAGCAGCACACUUGUGUACAAUCCCAUGCCUGCAGGAAUCACUAAUGUUUAACUAUUUGGAUUGAAGCCUGACUUGAAUGAUCCCCGGACUUUUUACCCAGGCACUUACUUUCUUCUCCUUUUUUCUUUGCUGAUCUUCCAUGCGUUGGGAGACGGAUAAAAUACAGAAGGCUCUCCAGAAACAUGCAGACAUGGGUGAAGUGGCUGUUAGGUUUGCUGAUGGGAGCUGUGGUUGUUAUUGUUAUAGCUGUUCCAGUUGCUCUUCUGGCUACAAAAGAUAACGACCCUAAACCUGAUGAAAGGAAGACAUUUAAGCUAGAGGAUUAUUUUGGUGAUCAGUACAGGUACAGAUCAUUUGGUCUACAGUGGAUUUCAGAUAACGAGUAUCUCUUCAGAAAAAACAGCAAUGUGCAUAUUCACAAUGUUGACUAUGGAAACUCAACAGAGAUCAUAUCAAAUACUACAAUAAACAAUAGCAACGCAUCAUUUUAUUUAUUAUCAGAAGACAGAAAGUUUGCACUUUUUCAGUACGACUAUGUAAAGGUGUGGAGACACUCCUUCAAAGCAUCUUAUCAUAUAUAUAAUGUUGAAAGACAGGAGUUGAUAACCACAAAUGUGCUCCCUCCCAGUAUUCAGUAUAUAACUUGGUCCCCUGUUGGUCAUAAAUUGGCUUAUGUAUGGGAUAAUAAUAUUCAUGUUAGAGAAGAACCAAAUGGCCUGGAUGUUGCUAUAACCUCAAACGGGGAGGAAAAUAAAAUUUUAAAUGGAAUACCUGAUUGGGUAUAUGAAGAGGAAAUGUUUUCAACUAAUUAUGCUUUAUGGUGGUCUCCAACUGCAAAGUUUCUAGCAUAUGUUGAAUUUAAUGAUACUGAAGUACCAGUUAUGGAAUAUACAUUUUAUGGAGAUGAAGAUAACAAGUAUCCCCACACUAUUCAUAUCCCUUAUCCAAAGGCAGGAUCAAAAAAUCCCACAGUGAGGCUGCUUGUUGUGAAUACAGAGUCACUUGUAAAUAUCUCCUACAACGAAAUUCAUGCACCAGAAGAAGUUAAAAAUGUGGAUCAUUACUUGAAUAGCCUGAAUUGGGUAACAGACCAAAGGUUGGUGACCCAGUGGUUAAGAAGGAUCCAGAAUUAUUCAAUGCUUUGCAUUUACAGUUUUUCAGAGACAUCUGAAACAUGGGAUACCACAAAACAAACUCCUGAAAUAAGCACCACGGGCUGGGUUGGAGUGUUUCAGCCAACUGAUCCCUACUUUACAGAAGACAAUACAGCAUAUUACAAGAUUGUAAGCAACGAACAAGGCUACAAGCAUAUCCAUUAUUUUAAUGGAAGCGAGAGAUCAUUUCCAGUAACAUCUGGAGAGUGGGAAGUAAUUUCAAUAACUACCUUAACCAAAGACCUUCUAUACUAUAUAGGAAAUGAAGGAUUUCCAGGAAGAAGACAACUUUAUAAAAUACAACUCGGUGGUAGUCAACAGAAAUCUCAAUGUAUUACAUGCAAUGUGCGACCAGAAAGAUGCCAGCAGUUUUCUGCUUAUUUUAGCAAAAAUUCUAAGUAUUACUCUCUCAAUUGCAAUGGUCCUGGAUUACCCAUUUACACUCUUCGAAACACUAGCAAUGAUAAAGAAAUACAAAUUAUGGAAGAUAAUGAAGCUUUGGAGAAACUACUGGUUGACGUUCAGAUGCCCACUAAAGAAAAUCAUUCAAUUUCUCUUCAUGGAUUUGACCUGUGGUAUCAGAUGAUCUUACCCCCACACUUUGAUAGAUCAAAGAAAUACCCAUUGCUGAUUGAUGUAUAUGGUGGACCUGCCAGUCAGAAAGUUGAUCAAUAUUUUCGAUUAAACUGGGCAACAUAUCUUGCUAGCACAGAAAAGAUCAUUGUGGCCAGCUUUGAUGGUAGAGGAAGUGGUUAUCAAGGUGAUAAGAUCCUACAUCAGUUGUAUCGUAGACUUGGAACAGUAGAAGUAGAAGAUCAGAUAUUGGCAGCUAAGCAUUUUAUUACAUUGGGCUUUGUUGAUGCGAAAAGGAUCGCUAUUUGGGGGUGGUCUUACGGUGGCUAUGUAACAUCAAUGGUUCUUGGAAGCGGCAGUGGGGUGUUUAAGUGUGGAAUUGCUGUAGCACCAGUAUCAAGCUGGCAGUAUUAUGACAGUAUUUAUACAGAGAGAUAUAUGAGUCUUCCCACACCAGAAGAUAACCUUAAAUAUUAUGAGAAUUCAACAGUCAUGUCUAGAGCUAAAGAAUUUAAGGAUGUUGGAUACCUUUUAAUACAUGGGACAGCAGAUGAUAAUGUUCACUUCCAACAGGCAGCACAGAUUUCAAAGGCUCUUGUUGAUGAACAGGUGGACUUUGAAACAAUGUGGUACACUGAUAAAGAUCAUGGAAUUGGGGGACUGGCCAACAGACACGUGUAUACCCACAUGAGCCAUUACCUUAAGCAAUGUUUUGGUCUACAAUAGCAACAUGUAUAAAAACAAGUUUGUUAAAAAGAAAAGGGAUUGGUCCUUAUGUCAUAAGGAUUAUUAUAUAAAGUACGUGGAACCAAAGAUCAUUGACGCAAGUAAUGCAAAAAACAUAAGGAAAAAAUAUAUGGCUGCAUGGGCUGAGACAGCCAUUUGCUGACAGAACAAUACGGCAAAACUGUACUCCCAGUUACCAAUAUGUUGCAGAUAAACAAUAACAAAAUAUGUAAAUAGCAGUAAAUCAUUCUGAUAACAACCAGCACCAACUAUAUUCUUGUAUGAUGCAUCCACACCUUAUAAAUAAAGUUUCAGUACAGUCAUUCUUUUCAUGUGACAGUUUUUAUAUAGUAUCCUCUUGGGUGGGGAUGAGCUUUAUGUUUAAGAAAUCAUACAAUGUGCUAUUUUAACAGAAAUUUUAAAAGAAGGCAAUAGUCAUUUUUGGUGGGAAAACAAAUCCAUAGAUUUUAUUUUACUAGAUUUUGCACUAUAUAGAGAAAUUAUAUCUCACGGAUCAUGUUUUUCGGCUAUGAGAUUUUAAAAAAAAUAUAUUUUUUAAACGUAAUUGUGAUGUUUUUUCUUAAAUUGGUGUCUUAAAACAGGAAUCACAGUUUAUUUGUAUUUAAUACAAAUGUUUUAUUUUCCUUUGGGCAGGUUUCAGCUAUUAUAUUUUUUUUAUUGUAUGAAUGAGGAAAUCAGAAAAAGUAUAACAAAAAAAAGUAAUAGUCCUGUAGUCUUGUGUUGUUUUAUCAUUGUAUCAUAAUGUAUGUUCACCUAGACAAAGUGCCUUUCUCUGAACGUUCAAAUUCAGUUCAUCUACAUACAAAUAUAUUGAAAUAUUGUUUUAAAUUUAAUGUAUAUCUUAUGUCCAUGCUUUAAUGAUGUUAUAUAGUGUCUUUGAACAAACUGUAAUUCUGGGGGGUAAAAAAUGAAAGGACCACUUAAUGCAGUAGAAUAACAUAAUUAACACGUACAUAAUAAAAACACAAUGCAAAUACACUCACUCUGAAUUUCAAAUAAGCUGUAGAUUUUUUUCUGACAAAUUCAUUUUUUCUCCCAUUCUCCCACCCCUGUAUCAUGUGACAGCCAUCAGCCAGUCACAAACUAGUAUACGUAUACCCUGUGAGCUUGUGCAGAUGCUCAGUAGGAGCCACAAAACUGCUUUAUUUUCCCAUUUAGGAAACCACAAAACUGCUUUAUUGUCCCAUCCGUCAUAAUCUAACUCUAAAUAAAUCCGCUUUGGGCAGAAAGAGUGUAAAUGUUCUUUAUAAACUGAAAUUUCUUAGCCGCGACUAUCCAUUAUUUCUUUAAGUGGAGUAAAAUGGUAGCUGCAUUAAAAUAAAGUUGUUUACUUUUGUAUUUAGUUUGGUUUAAUCUUUUUCUUGCUACACCUCCACCACCAACAACACCGUAAUCAGAUACACAAUAUUUGUAUUUCUAAUUCCUAACUGUUUUCCUUUUCUAAAAUGAUAACAUCAAAUUAAUGUUCAGUAAUAGCAAUAGCAGCCAUUACACAAAAAGGGAUAAAUUAUAUAUUAUUUGUAGUAUUAGUUUUGUAUCUUGCAGAGAAUCUAAGGUUUCCAUCUUUUAUUGUUAAUGUAAAGUUUUUAUUAAAUUUAAUGCUUUUGAUUCUAGAGUAAAUCUAGAUUUUAAGAUAUAUUUUUCUUCUAAAAACCUGACAGAAAUACAUGCUAUAAUGUGUGCCUAAAAUUUCAUACAAAUAUGUGCAUACAUUUUUUAAUUAUUUUUUAAAUGAGCAUCUUUUCUUUGUUAAAAAAAAGUAUAUAAAAUUUUCAGGCAAGUGUACUUAUUUUUCAAGUUGCUGUUUCUGAACUAAUAUUUAUAAAACAACUGUUUACAUCAAAUUUGAAAUGAUGAAUGUACAUUUCUGCUGCUGAACAAAUAAUAAAAGUAUUGAUUCCAGAUGUUA